AACUCGCCUAGUCUGUCGAAAAAGGAAAUGCGCGAAUUGCCUUCGCGUUUCUUUUGGAUCUUUUUGGAGGAGAGAUCAAUGCAUAAAUAACACUUUAUUCGUUAAACAAUAAACACAUAGCUUAAUCCAGUUUUUUUUUAAAGCAUUUAUGAUUCCGUUUUAGCGAAGCAAGGCCUCAGGUUGUUUAUCUGGUCUUUAAUUUAGGACAGCGAGGAUAACGAGCCUGCUACUCUCCUUCCACACUGAGCCCAAGCCUAUACUGACUGGGUCCUGGUUGUGACAAAGGAGUUCCCUGGGCACCGCAGGAGAGAUGGCAUCAGUGAAAGAAAGCAGUCAAACACUCCGGCUGAAUAUCAUCACAAAAGAUGUAGAAGAGGAGGUGAAGAUUUGGGAAUGUGAUGAUUACCCAGGAGAGAGUCCAGAGAUGGCGUCAGUAAAGAUGGCAGACAGCGGUCAAACACUGGGGCUGAAUGUCACCAUUAAAGAGGAGGAGGAGGAAGAUAUUGGGGAAUCUGUUGAUGGUGGAGACACCCCUAACUCCUCUGACCAAGUUGAGACAUUUCCUGCAUCAGGGAAGCAACAUAAGGAAGUGGGCAAAGCUAAGAGGUCUCACCACUGUCCUCACUGUGAGAAGAGUUUCCCAUUCCUAUCAUAUCUUGAAAGACACCUGCGAAAACAUUCCGGAGAGAAGCCUUAUUCCUGCCCUGACUGUGGGAUGAGUUUCUCUCAACUGAGUGGCUUGAACGUGCACCAGCGAUCACACACUGGAGAAAAGCCUCAUCAUUGUCCUCACUGUGAGGAGAGUUUCCCAUUCCCAUCAUAUCUUGAAAGACACUUGCGAAAACAUUCUGGAGAAAAGCCAUAUUCCUGCUCUGUCUGUGGGAUGAGUUUCUCUCAACGCAGUGGCUUGAAUGUGCACCAGCGAUCACACACUGGAGAGAAGCCUCACCACUGUCCUCACUGUGAGGAGAGUUUCCCAUUCCCAUCAUAUCUUGAAAGACACCUGCGAAAACAUUCUGGAGAGAAGCCAUAUUCCUGCUCUGUCUGUGGGAUGAGUUUCUCUCAACUGAGUGGCUUGAACGUGCACCAGCGGACACACACUGGAGAGAAGCCUCACCAUUGUCCUCACUGUGAGGAGAGUUUCCCAUUCCCAUCAUAUCUUGAAAGACACCUGCGAAAACAUUCUGGAGAGAAGCCAUAUUCCUGCUCUGUCUGUGGGAUGAGUUUCUCUCAACUGAGUGGCUUGAACGGGCACAAGCGAGCACACACUGGAGAGAAGCCUCACCACUGUCCUCACUGUGAGAAGAGUUUCCCAUUCCCAUCAUAUCUUGAAAUACACCUGCGGAAACAUUCUGGAGAGAAGCCUUACUCCUGCUCUGACUGUGGGAAAUGCUUCACAACAUCAAGUCAUCUAACCUCUCAUCGGAUAACUCACACAGGGGAGAAGCCUUACUCCUGCUCUGACUGUGGGAAGAGUUUCCCAUUCCCAUCAUAUCUUGAAAGACACCUGCGGAAACAUUCUGGAGAGAAGCCUUACUCCUGCUCCGACUGUGGGAAAUGCUUCACCACAUCAAGCAACCUAACACUUCAUCAGAGUGCACACAGGGGACAAGCCUUACUCCUGAUCUGACUGUGUGGAAGAAUCUCUCGACUGGACAGCCUAAAACUUCACCAGCAAACACACAGGAGAGAAACCCUACUCCUGCUCUGGCUGUGGGGAAGGGUUUCACCUCACCAAGUCAUCUAACCGUUCAUAAGAGAGUGCACACAGGAGAAAAGCCUUAUCAAUGUUCUGAAUGUGGGGAGAGCUUCUCUUAAGUGGGUAGCUUCAAACACCACCAGCGAAUACGUACAGGAGAGAAACCGUACUCUGUCCCGACGGUCAGAAUUGCUGUGAGAAGUGCUUCACCUCAUUGAAUCAGCCAACUGUUCAUCAUAGCACUAUAUCUGCUGCGUCUUUGGUGAUAAAUGACAUUGUAAAUGACAUUGUGCUGCCCUUUUUAUAGACCUGUGGAAGGCUUUCGACUAUGUUGACCAUUAUUAAUUGGUAGACUAUCUUAAAUUGGCCUGGGUCAGGCAGCUUGCAUUUGGUUUGAAAACAACCUGACAGACAGGACACUUCUAAUGGUGUUAAGUAAAGUUUCCUUUAGUAAAUAAGGUGUCCCCCAAGGGUCGAUUUUGGGCCCUGUACUUUUUACUAUCUAUAUAAACAAUAUUGGUUUGUAAGAAAUUGUAACCUCCACUUGUAUGUGGACGAUACUGUAGUGUAUUCUGUUGCUCCUUCUGUCGACAAGGCUCUUCCAGAACUAUAAUCUGCCUUUCAUGCUUUGCAGAAAGCCUUUGUUGGUACUUAAUGCAGGUAACCAGAUAUGUUAUUUUCCAAAACACUUAAAAAUGUAUCUGAUGUUUUAUGCAUAUAUUCAUUGGAUGGUGCCCACAUUGAGUGUCCCCGCUUAUAAUAAUAAAAAUAAUAAUACAUGGGA